UAUUUGAUUAUUUAAUGGAUUAUUUGAUUAUUCAAGUUAUUUUGACUUCUUUAUAGGUCUUUUAUGUAGAGCCUGUGGGUUUUAAUCAGGUGCCUACAUUUGUACAAUGAUUUAGGAUGGAAAUGAAAAGUUUUCUUAAUAAAGGAGAGGUGAAGCUCUGGAAUAAUCACCCAUAAUUAAUGGCAAAUAAUAACUUCAUUUAAGUUGAAAAUUGAGCAGUUUAUGGAAAGUGGUAGCCAAUGUAGCUGCCUACAGUAAUCUUGGGAACUGAUCUCAAGUACCUGAGAGUCCCUUUCAGUUUCAUGCUCUUCUAAAUGCAUAAAAUAAAUUUUAAUCUAGAUGCUGGGAAAGAAGAAAGUAUUUAAAAGGUGUCUUUUCCACGUUAUCUCAUUCUCCAGAACAUGCUGUGUUAUUUAUAAAUGUGUAACCACCAGCUGCCUUUUCUCACAGUUUUUUUUUCUCUCUCAAAAAUACUCUGAUAAGCAGCAAACAAGGAACAACCACAGGACUACAGGCAUUUGUAUGUAACUAUCUUCAAAAGCAGUACAGCAGGGAUAUAUAAAAACCAUGAAAAGCAAAUUAGUAGGAUUCCUUAUGAACUUUUGGAUUUCUUUUUCAUUCGCUUUGUAUUUUCACAUGGGAGAAAGAGAAGAGAAAUGCAUAAUUGAAGAUAUUCCCAGUGACACCUUGGUAGUUGGGAAUUACAAAGUACAACGCUGGGAUAUGCAUACACAUGACUUUCUUGAAUCUGCUCCUGGUCUGGGAAUGUUUGUGACUGUCACAAUACCUACUGGUGAGGUACUGUUGUCAAAACUGUACGGGCCACAAGGGACCUUUACUUUUACAUCCCACAUCUCUGGGGAGCAUGUCAUCUGUUUCCAGUCUAACUCCACAAGAUUUGCAGUGAUUGCAGGAAGUAAACUGCGUAUCCACUUGGACAUCAGAGUUGGAGAACAUUUUUUGGAUGAAUCUGCUAUUCAAGCUAAGGACAAAGUGAAUGAAGUUAGUAUCAGACUAGAGCAUCUAAUUGAGCAAAUUCAUCACGUAACCAGAGAACAAGACUAUGAAAGAGAGCGUGAAGAGAAAUUUCGGAAAACAAGUGAAGAAACCAACAGCAAUAUUUUGUGGUGGGCUAUAGUGCAAACACUAAUCCUCAUCUCUGUUGGAAUCUGGCAAAUCAAAUCUCUCAGAGAUUUCUUUAUAUCUAAGAAGCUUGUUUAAGUUCUAUAAAGUCAAUGCACAGAUUCAAAAAUUACACACCAUGUAACACUGAACAUCCAAAGAAACCCUGCACCUAUGAGAAAAUUGCUUGUAUGGAACUCUCAACCUUCUCCCAUCUUCUGUUCUAACUCUGGUUUCUCCAGCUAGGUCACAACCUCUGGCAUCCCUCAUGCUUUGCUCUUUGAAUCCCAUUUUCUACUAUUUUCCCCCCAUCUACAGAUAUAAAGCUAAAUAUAGAAGGAGUCAGUGGCUAAGGCAGCAUUUAAGUUCAGUACUUAAUGAAGAAUGUUUAAUUUAGGUUAAAUCUAAAAUACAAAUCUAAAGUUCCCUAAGAUUUUAAAUUACUCUGCUUGCUGAGUAAUCUUAUUUGGCACUACCAUGAACAGUUCAGCACUUCAGACUGACUAGGAUUCAGAUAGUAAACAGAGAAAUAAUUACAUCCCCUGUGGUGUUUAAUUGGGUGAGAGUGUCUUGAACUCAAUCUAUACAUGUGUAACACCUAAAUAUAAUUGUGAAUGCUUUCUUGGAAAAUAUUCAGAGUUUGAACUGAUCAGUGGUGGCAGCAAUUAUCAUGGAAGAGAGAGACCCAGACAAGCAAUUUGGAAUUACGCUUACUUUUUCUUCCAGAAAAGCCCUUAACAUUAGGCUGUAGAAUUGAUGUUGUUUAAGUUGUUUAAGUAAAUUAUAAUCUUUAUGAAGUAUUCCAAAGUAACCAAAAUUAUUUGGUUUCUUGGUAAACAAUGCCAAUUUUAUUUUAAUUCAUUCCUGCACUAAAUGUUUCUGUGUUGAGAAUUUUCAUAAUUUUAAUUAUUUAGCAACUUUAAUAUGACUGCCUACAGAAACUACCUGUUUUUGACUUAAUUUUCCAUUUUACUUAUUGCAGCUUGGUUACAUUAUACCUUUAUGCCCUAAUUUAGCUAAUUUGUGUACAAAUAGCAGUGUAACUACAGUAUCAUACAAUGACAAGUCAAAGGCUGUGGUUAAAAAUCCAGAUAAUUUGCUUGACAAAGCAGCAGUAGUAGAAGGAAGGAGUUGGAGGUGGUUACAUACAAAGACAUGGAAGUUGAAGUUUCUAGAGCACUGUGACAGCAGAAUAUUGUGGUUUGUUUUCCUACAUAUCUUUUCAGACCCUUUGCUCAUUUAAAAGGUAGUGAAAGGUGAAAUAUCUGCAGACCAAUUAUUGUUCUAAAGCCACUGCUUUCUUUCAUUUCUCUAUCUUCCCACCUGUUGUUUUCUUUAGCAAGGAAAUGACAUUUUCCUUUAAGUCUACUUAUAUUUCCAGCAUGGGAAUUAAAAGACAGCUGGUAGUAUGUGAGAAUCAAUAAAAUUGAUACAAAGUAGAGACAAAAAGCAAUGUUCCAGGGACAAAAUCAAUCCAAAUAAAAUCUCAUAAAGCUACUCACUGCAUUGUCUCGUACAUUUAAAAAUUUGGAUACUUCAGAGUGCCACUUGGAAUGACCAGUAAGUGUUAUUAAAUUAACUUCUACAGAGCACUCACAACAUGUCUUGUAAUAACAUCUCUGGUGGUGGGUAAGAAGGAAAUAUGUGUUAAAACCAUAUGGUAUAUGAAGUCCAAGAAGAAAGUAAUAGUGUUGUGACAAGGUUGUGGUUCAGACUUUAGCUGAUAUUUAGUGUAAGGCUCCUAAUCACAUCCCAAUAACAUAACUCAUUGCACUUUCAAUACACUCCAGCUGGUAAUCCAGGACAAGCAACAUUUCAGAAUUCAUAAAAGAGCUGAUCAUGUUUCACCAUAUUAAUUAGGUCUAUACUCUUUGAGUAUAGACUCAGCACUGAGACUUGGGCAUCUUGAAUGUAACU